AUGCGWUUCCACAACAUUGUGACCCCGAUACUAGUCGCGGUCGCUUCUGCCGAAUAUACCAGUUUCUUUUACUCUAGCAACAAWACAUGUCCAGGCCUAGAUAUUCAAUGUGAAGCGCCAGGCUCACUGUGUGCGUACGACGGUGUCGUGAACAAAUACUAUUGCUGUUCCGGUGCCGGUUCAGGCGCUUGCAAAGCAUCCGCAGCGACGUGCAAUGGCACAGACAAUGGACCAUCUUCGUCGCAACAGCAGUGCAAUACGGAUGGAUCGACAUGGUGUUGUUUACAAGACAGCGAACGCUGCACGCAAAGGACGGGUCGGACGGAGUUGUGUAUCGCAACACAGGCCAACCCCAUCACUCGCGUCGGCCAGGAGAUUUUGAACGACACGUUCUCUUCCCUCUCCUCGGCGAAUCCUGCAGCGAGCACCUUCUCCGUGGAUGCCAUUUCACUGGCCUCGCAGGCCGCUGACAAAAGAAGCUCAUCGACUGCCACCGAAUCAGCUUCCACGACUGCAACACCAUCAGCUAGCAAUAAUUCGUCAGAGUCCAUUUCAGCUGGAGCAAUUGCAGGCGCAGCGGUUGGGGGUGUCGCCGCUAUUGCUGGCAUCAUCUUCUUGGCAUGGUUCAUGCUGCGGCGACGGCGGGCACAGAAGCACUCAGCAGGCUCUUCGAGUGAUUCUCAAACACCAAAAGAUGUCCAUCCUGAAAAGGUAGAGCCAACGUAUACGCAAAUUGGCUCGCAUGCGCCGCAGUAUCAGACCGCGGAGGCCGAAGGGUCACAUGGAUGGAACGAAAUGGCUGGAGAGGGCAAUGGACUGUUGGGUGGGGUAAAAGAGAUGCCAGAUACCAGUGCACGAGGGGCGCUGAGAGAGUUGCCUGGAUGA